AUGAAAAAUCAUGAGACUCGUCCGGUUGGAGCAGCCCCAAUCCCUGAAGCUAAUGUGGCAACAUAUAAUGGCAAAAGUGAAAGUUACGGACGUGGUCGAGGUUAUCAUCGUGGUCGUGGUCAUGGACGUGGCCGAGAAAAUUAUCAUAGUGUUCAGUUUAGAAACAAAUGGACCCACCAAAAGUGGCAUAAUAAUGAACAUAAAUCCAAUGAUGAAAAAAAAAAUAAAAAGAAGGUCAGAUCUUCAUCAAAUGCAUGUUACCGAUGUGGAAGUAACAAUCAUUGGUCGAAGACUUGUCGUACGGCCAAACACUUGGUGGAACUUUAUCAACAAUCCACCAAAGACAAAGCAAAAGGAAUAGAAACAAAUUUUACAUAUGAGGUUGCAAAUGUUGAUGUUACUGAUGGUCAUAAAGACCAUAAUGAUACAACUAAUCUGGAUUAUGAUGAUUUCCUUAUUGAGCUAACUAACUUGGAAUCUGGUGAUAUCGUAGUUGAUACAACCCAGUUGGAUGCUUGCAAUUUUCCUUACAUAUGA